AUGGAGGUUUAUUUGCCACAAGGUCUUUCCAGGCCAAGCAGCCUGCGCGGCGACUGUUCUUUUCCGGCAACGCGUCCUGCUGCACUGGCGCCACGAUCUGCGGCAUUCUCGCAAGCUGCUGCCUGCAUAGCGUUUGGAGGCAUUUGCCGCCGCAGGGUGAAGUGCCGCACUUCCAGAAGCGCGCGGGAGGACUUGGCGGAGCUGGAGGCGCAGCUGCGAGUGGCGGUGGAGGAAGAAGACUACGCGGAGGCGGCGCGGCUGCGUGACCUGCUGCAGAUGGAGUCCCUCGACGCGGAGGCCGCGGUGCUCAGCGCCAACGGGGAGUUCUACGCCGCCUUCAGGGAGGGCAGCGCGGAGCGCAUGGCGAAGAUUUGGCUGCCAAGCCCCCGCAGCUGCUGCGUUCACCCGGGCCGGCCGCCGCUGCAUGGUUUCGACAAGGUGGCUGACUCCUGGCAGCGCAUCCUAUCCCAGGGAGGGGGCUUGGACAUCGAAUGCACUCAAGCCUCGGUGGCGAUGUGCGGCAACGUCGGCCGCAUUGUUUGCUAUGAGAAGGUGGAAGGCCGCAUCACGCUGCUGGCGGUGAACCUCUUUGAGUCUACUAAGAACGGCUGGAAGAUGUCCUUCCACUCAGCCGCCCCAGUUGUGCCAUAG